AUGCUGGACUGGAGAUUAGCAAGUGCACAUUUUAUCCUGGCUAUGACACUGAUGCUCUGGAGCUCAGGAAAAGUGUUCUCAGUGGGUGUCACAAAAGAGGCCUUUGAUUCUGGAAUCUUAGGUGUUCAGUCAUCACCCACAGUCAGAGAAGAUAAGUCGGCCACUGACCUGGCAGCAAAACUCUUACUUCUUGACGAACUUGUGUCUCUGGAGAAUGAUGUGAUUGAAACAAAGAAGAAAAGAAGCUUCUCUGGGUUUGGUUCUCCCCUGGACAGACUCUCAGCUGGCUCUGUAAGUCAUAAAGGUAAACAGAGGAAAGUAGUAGAUCAUCCAAAAAGGCGAUUUGGUAUCCCUAUGGAUCGAAUUGGAAGAAACCGGCUUUCAAAUUCCAGAGGCUAA